GGUGGAAGGUCGCUUGGCCAAACCUUUGGAAAUGAAUUUACUCAUCGAAUGAAAGCCUCCUAAUUGGGCAUGGACGUUUCUUCUCCGACUUGAGAAAGGUCAACCUCAUACACAGUUUCUCCGAUUAUCAAUUGAUUCAAAUUAUAACCAUGAUCUGUAUAAACAAAUCACGCUUAGAUGCGAUGGUCUCCAUGUUCGUUACGGUGCAUCCGCACGAGACCUCCGCUCUUCUCCACUCUUCCUCCUGCUUCUUCUUUAUUUUGAGCGCAUACUUUGUUGUGUUACCGUUGCGUGAUGAAGGAGCGAUCUCUCUCGGUUUGUCAAAUUUGCCUGGUCUCUUUGUCGGAUCGUUAUUUCUCACUUUAAUAGCUGCACCUGUUUCAACUCUGAUAUUUUCGUCGCAUAAUCUCUCUAAAUGCAAGGCUUUGGUUUUGAUACACAGGUUUUUUAGUGUAUCCCUUGUCGUAUUCUACAUUCUAUGGCAGUCUUCCUCGGCAGGGUAUUUAUGGUCUAACAUGGAGGGUAAAUUGAAAGAGGAUCUAGAGGGUGACUUUAAUCACACUAGCCCAGGGAGUGCUGUAGAUUGGAGUAAUCGUGGUUGGUUUUAUGUUUCAGUGAGAAUUGGAUUUUUCCUUUGGGUGGCUUUGCUUAAUUUGAUUACUAUUUCUUCAACUUGGGCUAGAGUGAUUGAUGUGAUGGACAGUGAGUCAGGCUCAAGAUUAUUUGGGUUCGUUGGUGCUGGUGCUACAUUUGGCCAGCUUUUUGGUUCAUUGUUUGCCACAGCUAUGGCUUUUUUAGGUCCAUCCAGGGGCUGGUUCAUUGUAGUUCUCCUCCUGUUCGCUGCACUGUUGAUGGAACUUGCAGCACAGUCAUCAAAAGGAAUCAAUAAGGAUAUAUCUCAGCGUUCUGAAGAGUCAACUCCCAUAAGAGAAGCUGAUUCUGAUCAACAAAAUGAGACUGAUGUGCAGACUGCACCUGCAGCCAAGGCAUAUUCUCCUAAGUUAUCUACUUUAGCAGUGAAGCCUCGUGUUGGGGCUAUCCUAGAUGGACUCUGGCUUAUACUCUCCUCAACGUAUCUGUUGUAUGUGUCUUUAUUUCUGUGGCUGAGUGCAGUUGUCUCCUCAUUCUUCUAUUUUCAGAAAGUGACUGUUAUUGCCAUGACUGUUGCAAGCUCUGUCGGUAGAAGAAGAUUGUUUGCCCAGAUAAAUAGCUUUACUGCUAUUUUUAUUCUUACUGGACAACUAACUUUAACGGGACGUAUCCUUUCUAUUGCUGGGGUUACUGUGGCUAUUUGUGCUGCUCCAUUUGUUGCUUUUUUAAAUAUGAUUGCUAUUGCAAUAUGGCCAACUUGGGUGGCAGUUGCUGCUUCGGAGACCGUACGAAAGGUGGUUACGUAUGUCGUGACCAGGCCUGGAAGAGAACUUCUAUUUACUGUGGUCUCCCAAGAGGAGAAAUACAAGGCUAAGGUAUGCAUAGAUGUAAUUGUCCAACGACUUGGAGAUGCAUCCGCAGCAGGAAUGUAUGGACUACUGUUUGGCACUCUCCAAGGGAGAACAUCAAGCGUGUCCCUCUACGCCCUUCCUACUUGCUUGUUCUCACCGGCAUCAGGUGUGUAUAUUGUGGAUAGCAACAGCAUUCCAUUUAGGACGCCGCCAAGUUCAACUAGCAAGGCUUUCAGCUUCCUCCCCUUCCUGAGAUUUUUCUGAAAGGAUGGUUCAAUUGAGAUGAGAAGUAGUCUAUUCCAAAAUGAGAAACUGUUGACAUUGAUCGAGAUGAGAAACUGAUGAUGUCGAUCAAGAGGAGAAGACAAGAAGCGUCGAACUCUCAUUCAACCCUCAGCUUUCUCACUUAUUACAAUUCCUCUCCCACUUGUCAUUUAGUCCUCAGUUUUGAUUUACCAUGUUUUUCUUUUUUAUCUUCACACAUUUGAUUUAAUUUAAAAUAUAUACAAUAAUAUCUUAAUAUUCUUUUA